CGGCAGUCGAACGCGCGGAUGUAUUUCAAAAAGUAUACUGUACGAAAGAUGGGGUUGCUGUUAGUGACCGUGUGCAAGAUCAGAUGGAUAGGAUGGUAGUACUUUUGAAUGAACAGGACAUAUGACUACACGGAGAGAUUGGUAAUGGAAUCCUCUGGUCCAACGACGACGCAUAUGCUCGGGUGAUGGGUUGUCCAGAGCGCCCAGGUUGUGUACGUGGGGUAGGCUUUGGGAUCACCCCAUCAGGAAGAAGUGCCAGAAACGCAUCACAGUUUAUCUCGACUAGUACUCCAUCGUCAAGCAGAACUCACGAAAGGAUGUCAGAGUUGGAGACGAGUCAUGAAGAGCUUAGGGAGGCACUAGCUCAAUCUAGGGAGGAACUAGCAAUUUGUAGGGGGCAAGUAGCUCAAUCUGAGACGAGGCAUAGGGAGGAACUAGCUCAAUCUGAGGCAAGGCACCAAGCACGGAUGGCCGAAAUGAUGGCAUCGAUGAAAACCAUGUUUGCUUCACUUAGCCAGGGGAUACAUGGUUUAGGUCCUUCUCAGGGUGGCGUGCUUGAUGGGAAUGAAACUGUGAAUCUUGAGUUUUACCAUGAAGUGGACAACAAAGCAAACUGGUUGCUGCCUGUGGCUAUUUGAGAGCAAUUUAGAAUGUAAAAAAAUCUUUCUGGUAUAUUUUUUGUGAUGUACAAAAAUCCUUGUGAUGUAGGAAUGGGAACUUGUUUAUUUCCUUUGUGAUGUUUAUGGAACUUGUGAUGUUUAUUAUGGAACUUGUG